CUCGCUCUUCUUUGGGCGUACUCACACUUGGCCCAGUUGCCUUGAACCGUGCCCGAGCACGAUUGUUCCCACUCCCCCGCUGGCCUGCACUCACACUGCAGUAAUACAUUCAGGGCCAGAGCAUGCUUAAGUCAUUACGAUGCGACUUUUUGGUUCGAAGAAAACAGGAAGUGAAGCGCUCUCGUACAGCACAAUGGAGUCCAUCACUGUAAUGCUUACUUUGUGGUUUAUUUGGAUUUGUUUGUGGCGCGAUGACACACGGCCCUCUUGCAUGCCUAACCGGUUUAUUGCUUAUGCAGCACAGCGAUUUUCACUUGAUCGCGCUUGUCGUAUCAGAAGAUUUUUACAGAGGCAGCUGAUGCCGAGGGAGGAAUUUGCAGCUUCACUUGCCGACUACCAUUCCCAUUCAUCUGUAAGGAGCAUCUGGGUUCGGCAGAGAUGUGGUGUGUGGUGGGAGCAUGUUUUCACCAGCUGGACAGAUUUUGAAUGGAUGCUACAUUUUAGAAUGAGAGAGACCACAUUCUUGCAGCCGUGCAACCUCCUCUGGCCACACCUUCAAAGAGAGACAACCACAUUCAGGAAACCAGUGCCUGUUGAGCAAUGUAUAGCAAUAUGCAUGUGGAGACUGGCCUUAAAUGUGGAGUUUGGAACCAUCCCCCAUUUAUUUGGGAUUGGCCAGUCUACUGCGGUCACUAUUGGCAAUCAUGUUGCCUCUGUAAUUGUGAACAAUUUGUUUUCCCUCUACAUCAGAACACCCUCUGAACAGGAAAUCAAGGUCAUAAUUCAAGGUUUCCAAGACCAGUGGGGUUUCAGACAAUGUGGAGGGGCUAUUGAUGGGACUCAUAUUGGGAUUUUAGCUCCACGUGACAGCCCUGCAGACUAUUACAGCUGUAAAGGUUUCUAUUCUGUCAUCCUGCAAGGUGUGGUUGACCAUUGUCUUCGGUUCUGGAACAUCAAUGUGGGUUGGCCAGGCAAAGUCCAUGAUGCCAGAGUGUUCGGCAAUUCAUCCUUGUACAAGAGGAGUCAGAGGGGUACACUGUUCCUUAAUCUCAGAGGUUUGCAGGAGUAGAUGUGAAAGUGGUGAUGUUUGAGGAUGCAGCAUAUCCACUACUGCCAUGGUUGAUGAAAUCAUACCUUGAAAACCAACAAAUAACCGCUGCACAGAUCACCUUUAACAACCGGCUUAGCAAGGCACAGAUGACUGUGGAGAGGGCAUUUGGCCUUCUUAAGUGAAAAUGGAGGUGCCUAAUGAAGAGGUAUGAUUGCCACAUGGACAACAUCAACAGUGUCAUCACAGCCUAUUGUGUGCUUCACAAUUUUUGUGAAGUUAAUGGUGAGAAUAUGAUGAUAUUGUUGUUACUUUUGAUGAAGAAAAUGUGACUCCUGAAUGGAAUCCUCUUCAUGAAAACACCAUGUCAAACAUCUCAAGAGAUGCACUGUGUUCAUAUUUCUCAAAUCUGUAGAGCUAUUAUUGUCUGAUGUUGGCAAUGAAGUCAUAUUGUUCCUUCCAAGAACAGUGUGGAACUUAUUGGUUUAUAACAGACAAAACAUAAUCAAAAUAUGUUUUAUUCAAAGCAUAAUCUUGAAGUACUUUCAGCGGUCAAAAGUCAGCACUUCACAGAACAGAACCACUGAAGUGGUAAUAUGUAAAAAAAAAAAAAAAAAUAAUAAUACAUUUUUCAAUAAAUAAAUGUGUUCACAUACAAACUGAAAUAUAUAGCCCACACAAGUGUAACUAUGCCAAGGCACUAUUGGCACUAUAAACCAUGCUGUGUAAAGUAAAAAACAGUAUAAAUAUAAGCGCAGGUAUAACAGGUUUACAAUACAAAGCAGCAAUUUCACAAUAUUGAUUGUAUGCAAAUGAACAACUAGGCCUAUAGAUUAAAGGUUGUGAUAGACCUGUGAACAUUGAUCAACGUUGGGUGGUGGUGUCUCCUCAUGGGGAGGGUAGGAAUAAUGCAGAGGAAGGGAAUGAUUACGUUGUGAAUGUGAGGGUGUGUGCUGCCAGAAUGAAUGCAUCAUGACCUCAAACUGUCUGUUCAUCAUUUGCUGGAACAUCCGGUUUGCUUCUUAGCGUUUCUCCCUCUGUACCUGUUGCCAACGUUCCUCCAUCUCCAUUUUUGCCUUCAUCCAGUUAUCAAGCAUCUCCUGCUCUUGCUGGUGAUGCAGCAGCUCCCCUCUCAUGAAUUCAUCAUGCUGUUUAUGUAGCAUGUCCAUAAAGGCUGCCAUCAUGUCACUCAUAUCUGUCUUCAUCUUCCUUUUCUUGCCCUGUUCUGAGGGUGUAUCAGGUAUAGUACUAUUAUCAGAGGUCUCGUGUUUCAUCACCAGUGUGUGACUGAUGUGAUGUGACUGUGAAAAUAAAAGCAAAAUAAACACAAAUAAAAACAUUUGCUCAUGAUCAUUGGCAAAGACUAUGCCAGUGUUCCGUCGAUUUGUCCUACCGUGUCAGAUUUUCCUCCCGUAGCGCCAAACAGUCAUAUUUUAAGUUAAAACGGGUAUCGCUUGUCAUGAGGCACAGGAGAACCAGUCAGUAUGUACUACCACCACGUGAAAUAUUUUAAAAAUGUACGUAGGACAUCUUGUCAGGCAGAUAAUACCCAGCAGAAUGUAAUGGCAACAUAACUAUCAUAUAUAUCAUGAUAUAGGGGGUGGCUACUAACUCCUAGCCCACCCUAAUCCUCACCUUAAAACUGCGAAUAUCGCUUUGUUAGUACAUUCUGACAGGUAGCAUGUAUUUUUAGUGAUCUGCGCAAACACAGAAAGCCCUGGUAGCAAAAUCUGAUGGGUACCAUGCAUUGACUGUACACCGGCAUGUGCGACUGAGCAUU